AAACUUCAUUCAGCUUGGUAAAUUGCUCCAAAAGCCGGAUAAGAUGGCCAUGCCCGUCUGUACGCGAUUUUCUGAUAAUUACGACAUCAAGGAAGAAUUGGGAAAAGGAGCAUUUUCCAUUGUCAAACGUUGCGUUCAAAAGUCAAGUGGUCUUGAAUUCGCAGCGAAAAUCAUCAACACCAAAAAGUUAACAUCGCGAGACUUCCAAAAGUUGGAACGAGAGGCGCGAGUAUGUCGAAAACUUCAGCACCCGAACAUCGUCCGCUUGCACGACAGCAUACAAGAAGAGAACUAUCACUACCUGAUAUUUGACCUCGUGACUGGAGGUGAACUGUUUGAAGAUAUUGUGGCUCGUGAAUUCUAUUCCGAAGCAGAUGCUUCACAAUGCAUUCAACAGAUUCUCGAAUCAGUUCAACAUUGUCAUCAACAUGGAGUUGUGCAUAGAGACUUGAAGCCAGAGAAUCUUUUAUUAGCUAGUAAAAUGAAAGGUGCUGCCGUGAAGUUGGCCGAUUUCGGGUUGGCGAUUGAGUUGCAAGGCGAUCAGCAAGCGUGGUUUGGAUUUGCCGGCACGCCAGGCUACUUGUCGCCAGAAGUACUGAAGAAGGAACCAUACGGAAAGCCCGUCGACAUUUGGGCAUGCGGCGUGAUUCUUUACAUUCUACUGGUUGGUUAUCCACCUUUCUGGGAUGAAGAUCAACACAAGUUGUACGCACAAAUCAAGGCUGGAACUUAUGACCCCGAGUGGGACACAGUCACAUCUGAGGCCAAAAAUUUGAUCAAUCAAAUGUUGACUGUGAACCCACACAAACGAAUCACCGCAUCAGAAGCUCUCAAACAUCCUUGGAUAUCUCAACGUGAACGUGUCGCAUCAGCAAUUCAUCGUCAAGAAACUGUCGAUUGUCUGAAGAAAUUCAACGCUCGUCGGAAACUUAAGGGAGCGAUUCUCACGACAAUGCUCGCCACGAGAAACUUUUCGAGCAAAAGCGUCAUCGCCAAGGCUAAGGAGUCAUCAGACGAGAAGGUAAAAGAAUCAUCGGACUCAUCAAAUAACAUCGAAGAAGAUGAUGGCAUUCGAUUACGACGACAAGAGAUAAUCAGAGUGACAGAACAGCUGAUCGAAACGAUCAACAGUGGCGACUUUAAUGGCUACACUAAAAUCUGCGAUUCACACUUGACUGCUUUUGAGCCGGAAUCGAUGGGAAAUUUGGUUGAAGGAAUGGAUUUCCAUAAAUUUUAUUUCGAGAAUGGUAAGAAGAUGAACAAUGGAGAAGUGUCGCAAUCUAACGGAAAGAUUCUUUCAGUAUUGGGUAAGAAUUAUCGCGCCAUCAACACUACGAUUCUGAAUCCGCACGUUCAUCUUCUCGGUGAUGAAACCGCAUGCAUUGCUUACGUUCGAUUGACACAACUCGUGGACAAACAAGGAAUUGCUCACUCACAUCAAUCUGAAGAGACUCGUGUCUGGCAAAAGCGUGAUGGUAAAUGGCAAAAUAUUCACAUUCAUCGAAGCUUCCCUGUGAACCAGACUGGCAAUGUUCAAUUUGACCCCAGAAGAGCUAACAAAAGAGGAGCAUUUUCCAUUGUCAAACGUUGCGUUCAAAAGUCAAGUGGUCUUGAAUUCGCAGCGAAAAUUAUCAACACCAAAAAGUUAACAUCGCGAGACUUCCAAAAGUUGGAACGUGAGGCGCGAGUAUGUCGAAAACUUCAGCACCCGAACAUCGUCCGCUUGCACGACAGCAUACAAGAAGAGAAUUAUCACUACCUGAUAUUUGACCUCGUGACUGGAGGCGAACUGUUUGAAGAUAUUGUGGCUCGUGAAUUCUAUUCCGAAGCAGAUGCUUCACAAUGCAUUCAACAGAUUCUCGAAUCAGUUCAACAUUGUCAUCAACAUGGAGUUGUGCAUAGAGACUUGAAGCCAGAGAAUCUUUUAUUAGCUAGUAAAAUGAAAGGUGCUGCCGUGAAGUUGGCCGAUUUCGGGUUGGCGAUUGAGUUGCAAGGCGAUCAGCAAGCGUGGUUUGGAUUUGCCGGCACGCCAGGCUACUUGUCGCCAGAAGUACUGAAGAAGGAACCAUACGGAAAGCCCGUCGACAUUUGGGCAUGCGGCGUGAUUCUUUACAUUCUACUGGUUGGUUAUCCACCUUUCUGGGAUGAAGAUCAACACAAGUUGUACGCACAAAUCAAGGCUGGAACUUAUGACCCCGAGUGGGACACAGUCACAUCUGAGGCCAAAAAUUUGAUCAAUCAAAUGUUGACUGUGAACCCACACAAACGAAUCACCGCAUCAGAAGCUCUCAAACAUCCUUGGAUAUCUCAACGUGAACGUGUCGCAUCAGCAAUUCAUCGUCAAGAGACUGUCGAUUGUCUGAAGAAAUUCAACGCUCGUCGGAAACUUAAGGGAGCAAUUCUCACGACAAUGCUCGCCACGAGAAACUUUUCGAGCAAAAGCGUCAUCGCCAAGGCUAAGGAGUCAUCAGACGAGAAGGUAAAAGAAUCGUCGGACUCAUCAAAUAACAUCGAAGAAGAUGAUGGCAUUCGAUUACGACGACAAGAGAUAAUCAGAGUGACAGAACAGCUGAUCGAAACGAUCAACAGUGGCGACUUUAAUGGCUACACUAAAAUCUGCGAUUCACACUUGACUGCUUUUGAGCCGGAAUCGAUGGGAAAUUUGGUUGAAGGAAUGGAUUUCCAUAAAUUUUAUUUCGAGAAUGGUAAGAAGAUGAACAAUGGAGAAGUGUCGCAAUCUAACGGAAAGAUUCUUUCAGUAUUGGGUAAGAAUUAUCGCGCCAUCAACACUACGAUUCUGAAUCCGCACGUUCAUCUUCUCGGUGAUGAAACCGCAUGCAUUGCUUACGUUCGAUUGACACAACUCGUGGACAAACAAGGAAUUGCUCACUCACAUCAAUCUGAAGAGACUCGUGUCUGGCAAAAGCGUGACGGUAAAUGGCAAAAUAUUCACGUUCACCGUAGCGGUCCAAAAAAUCUCGGAUUCAGUUCUGUAAACAAAUGAACUGCUCAUUAAUUGGAUUCGAUAUGAUUUCCUUUUACCCUCGUAAUAAAUUUAGAAUGCUUUUCCUUCUCGUCAUUCGUGUGAAAAUUUUUAGAUCAAUAUCCAAGAAUCCGUGAAUAUUUGACGCGAGAAUAAAAAAGUUUUCUUUUCUUGUGAGAUUUCGUCGCGGAAAUUUGUAGCAUUUUCAUGAUAAGAUUAAAGAUUUUUUUCUGAAAAUUUACUUACAAAAUAAUGCUUGAUAAGGAAGACAUGAAAUACAAUCCAUAAUGCGAAGUAAGAAGAUGAAGAAGCUCUAGAAAGGAUGCUUCAAAGCUGUUUGCUCUUAAAAAUUUAAAUUUCUAAAAGCUUUCCUUUAAAUCCUUUUAAAAAUUAAAGAAUGAAUCUUAAAUAUCUGCUAUGAAUCAGAAUGUAGAAUCUGAAACAAAAACUUUUUGAUCAUGAUGAAAACUAACGAAUGAACUCCAUGUUAACAUAAAUUAAUCUAAUUAAGACUUAAUGUGAAAGGAUUAAAUGAUGAAGGUGGAUUAAAGAGACUUUUUUUGUGUAACCUUUUCAAUCAUGUGCCGAAUUAUUCAUCGACACACUAACAUUGAAAGUGCAUGAAUGAAGAAUCCUUUGGCAGAGAAGGUUGAAAAAUUGACUAAUACUGUCCUAAGUUAGUUAUAAUGACAUCAUUAAAAGACAAGAAACAUGUUAAAGAUGGAGACAUCUUUUAGCUAGAAUAUGAACAAACUUUCACUUCACAAUUUACAAAUUUUUCGCGUUUACACGAAAGUUGCUAAUUACCUUCACUUCUUAUUAUUCUCUCCUGUUUUGUCCUAUUUUCAAUUUCUUCCUCUUGAGAAAAUUAAAUUGAAAUUGUGGGAAUCGUACAAAUGUUAAGUAAGAAGUUGGAAGUAAUUUUUAUCCAAAUUUUGUUGUAAGAUUCGUCAAUGUUUAUCUUCCACUUCUUUCCAAUCAAUAUUUACGUGAUGUAACAUCUAAAUAGUCCCCAAAAAAAAAGAGAAAAGUUUAAAAAAAGGAAAAAAAGUAAAUUACGUUUAAUGUUUUUUGAAAAGAAGUCAAAGUCAGUUUUAAUGUUUAGAAAUGUUUUCAUUGAUAAGAAUGAAGAUUUUUUUUUGAUAAGCUUUAAGAAAUUGUUAGAUAUUUCCAUUUAAAGAAGAUAAAACAGAAUGUUGGAUAUUUAAUGCCAAAACGAAAUAUUAUUAUCAUCUGGAUUUUAUAUUUUCUCAAUCUAAGGAAAGAUUUUAUAGGAGACCAUCGAAUAAAUUUCAGAUGAAAUUUCUGAAAUCAAAUGAAAAUAUUUUAAGCCUAAAUCCUGCAAAAGAAAACAGAAAAAAAGGAAAAUAAGCUUCAAAAGAUGAUAAGAAAGUUAGUCAUGUAAUUAAGAAAACAAUUUUACUUCUUCAUUCUUUUAAUACUUGUUAAACUUAUUUCUUUUACGAAUUCGAUUUUCUCGCUUAGGCGAAAAGUAAUAAAAUUAAAUUGUAAUUUUCUUUGAAAAGAAAAACUUCUUAUCUUCGGUUUAUGGAAAAGAAAAAUGAGAAAAAAUAAAAAUUAAUAAUCACAA